AUGCAUGGGCGUGCCAUCAUCUGGAGCUGCAUCUGCAUUGGCAUUUGUCUCGGCCACGUCUGGGCCGUGCCAGCGGCCAGGCCGCGUCGCCAGGUGGUGCAGCCCUUGUGGCUAAUGCGGCCCGAUUUGCUGCCCUCCUCACAGGCGGCACGGGUGAGCGUGACGCCGCAGAAGCUACAGGAAACGGCCGACAUACGUGCCACCAUACAAAAGGCCGUCAACGAGGGCACCUACGUGGUGGCCGCCAGUCCGCAGCAGUUCCUGACUGCGCUGGGCCAAGUGAACAGCCCAGGAGCAGCUGGUAACCCAUUCGCGAUGCCCGUGCUGCCCGCUUUCACGCUGCCAAACGCGACUUGGUGGCGACCGUUUUAGAAACAUCGGAAACUGCGAGGAUUUGCCAUCAGCGACCGAACAGAUGCGGCAAUUUGAAAACUUUACGCGCCUUGA